AUGGCUAGUGUCUUUAUUCGUGGCAAUGAGAACUACAGCAAAGACCCAAACGCUGGCCCCCGGACCGUGAGAGAAGAAGACGACCAGGCCGAAGGAGACCAUGAUCAACGAGAAGAGGAAGAGGAACAGGCAGAUGAUGACCGUGGGUAUGACCCCAAAGUUCUCCAGCCGGCCGAUAUCGAUUGGACUGAAAACUGUCGGGUGCUUGGGAUUAACGCCCACUGCACUCGUUUGAGCAAGGCCUUCAUAUCUGGGCAGGGAUCCUAUGAUGACCUUGGAGGCAUGUCUUGCGGCCAGGGUGAUGAUCCCAAUUGUGACGACGUCGAUGUCGAGGCAAUGCCCUGCUAUUUCGACUACAACAACAGUGAAGACCCCGUGUUCCCAUUCCACAUGGAUUGCUUCAAGCUCCUGUGUCGAUACCUGACAGGCUCAGACGACACUGAUCUCAUCGACAAGGACCUGAUGUAUGGCGUCGUGCGCUCUCUGGCCGGUUCGGCUUGCUUGAACCUGAAUUACGCCUUACCUGGCACGGAUGCCGAACCUUCACCUGAACAAUUUUGGGACUGCAUUCCUAGAGAAGAGCUAUUUGUUGUCUCCCCGUUACGGAUGGCACCUCUCUCGACAACAGAGAUUGAAAAGCUGCAGCGUGGCACCGGCGUUGCGUCCCUUGACCAAGUCCUGGGCAAUAAAGUGAAAUCGGACCCAUUCUCUCGCCUCCCACCCGAAAUCACAGACCAGAUUAUGUCGGCUCUUGACGACAGCUCGCUCAUGGAUCUCUUUAAGGCAUCCUGGGCGCUCCACUCUACGCAUCACAAUAACCAUGACUUCUGGAUGAGGAGAAUCAGGGACGAAUUGGAAUGUUUUUUCGAGCUCCAUGAAGUUCUCCAAUCACCCGAUUUCUCAGAUAGAAUUUCUAGCGCGAAAACUGUCUAUCUGUGGGCAAAUGUCAAGAGCAAACCAAGAUUCGGGUGUAAGGGUAAGUACAUGGGCGUGGCGAACCGCCGUCGGAUAUGGUUCGCCUGUGGGCAGAUUGCCCAGUGCUAUCGAGCGAAGAUUGCCGUUUCGAAGGGCGAGGUUGAUGAAUCUAUCCAAGAAAAUGCAGCGUCUCCCUAUACCUCCAUAGUUUCGUGGCCCAUCGCCUCUUCCGACCAAGUUUUCGCCCACUCCUUUUGGAUAUGUUCAUGGGACGACCUCUAUUCCUCCAGGACUUUGGACACAUUCUGGGAUAGUGAAGGCUACUUAACCGGUAUUGCAGUCACUAUCAAUAGCCAGAAAAGGCUUUUCGGGUUCGACAACACAGAACAUGAUGUUCAGCAGCGGACACUUCAGUUCCAGAAACAUGAAUGGAUCGCUGGGAUCCUCCUGCAUAUUCCGCCCAUAGACCCCUUGGCCCCAAGCGUGUCACCAACAUAUCCGAAGCCACCAAACACCUUCACGGCACCAAAGGGCAUUUCGAUUCGAACCUCAACCGGGGCCACCCUUUCCGUGGGCGAAACUGCUGUCGGCCACUGCCAGCGACCGCUCCUGGCUCCUUCUGGCCAGACCGUGGUGGGAAUGGCGGGUAACGUUGGCAUCGUCCAAGGGAAGCCAAGAAUCAUUCGGGCGGGACUCCUUCUCUGCUCAAGAUCACUGUCUACGGACUCACUGCUGUCCCGACCUGAAAUCCCAAAUCCGCCCCUCGCAGAGACGUUCCUCUGGACACAAAGCGCCUCUAAAGUCCAAGGGCGCGCUUUAUGGGAGAGUGACCAGCUCGGUUUACGAAUUUUCGAAGGGGGCCUCGCAAUGCAGCCAGGCAGUUAUUUUCAUGACGAUAUUGUUCCGCAUGAAGCAUUUCUCUGGGCUCAGAACCGUUCUCAACUAAAAGCUUUGAAGAAGCUCACCGUUUACAACGUGCAAACCGGAACGAGGGAGACAGGUGGUUUCUUCAAGAAAACCGAGAUCACAAAGGCUGUAGGCAAUAUGCGAGCGGAUUUUGACGAUGCCAGUGGCCUUGAUCCGGUGUUUGCUAGAUCCUCAGAGGUGAAUGGAACGCCGAUCCCUGACGACAUGGUUGAGACUUUUGAAAUUGAUGGACCGGGUGGAGAGCGUAUCAUCGAGCUCUCUGCUCGAAUGGGUUUGUAUCUUGAUGCUUUCAAGCUACGUACGAAUCGAGGGCGAGAGUUCAUAUGGAAGGCCCAGAGCGACGUCGGCGAUGGCUGGAGAUUCAUCACCGUUCCCGAUGGUCACGAGGCACUGGCCGGGCUGAUCCAUGCCUGGAGUGAACCAUUCGGGUACGACCCAGCGGGGAGCACUUUUGAUUUGAGGACGCACACCCGAUUGGACUAUUUGGGUAUAGUGAGUAUCAAGUGCGAGGAGUAA